AUGGAAGAGAAUCGUAGAUUAUCACACGAAUCUUGGAAUGGGAGCGAUUUCAAGACCAAUGUCGAGACGUCUGGAGGAAAACUUCGCUAUCCAACGUUCGACCCAAGAAUUCCGCCAUCCAAAGGCUCAGAGGCGCUGAGAGCAAAUUCUUUGGAAAGCGGGUUGCACGAUAAUAAGAAUGCGAAGUCUCCUUCACAUACCGAAUUAGUAUCGGGAAUCCGACCUCCAUUGCCAUGGGGUCAGAGAAUACGGCAUUUCACUUGGGCUUGGUAUACAUUGACCAUGAGUACUGGAGGCCUUGCUACUCUACUAUCUCUUCAGCCACACGCAUUCAAAGGCCUCAUAUCCAUUGGCUCCUUCUUUUAUAUCUUUAACCUAAUCUUGUUCACAGCUGUUUGCACCUGCUUGCUAUUACGCUUCGCGAAACAUCCAGGAACACUGAAAGAGUCUCUCAAGCACGAAAGAGAGGGUCUCUUUUUUGGUCCAUUUUGGCUUUCUGUAGCCACUAUUAUCACGGGAACGCAGAGAUACGUUAUACAAUCGUUGGAAAAGGAUCACAGCAUGCGACCGUGGCUGCUGACCAGUAUUGCCAUUGCUUUCUGGGCGUAUACCGUGGCAACGUUUCUGGUCGCCAUUUUCCAGUACAGCUACCUUUUCAACACACACAUGUACAGCGUUGCGAAAUUCAUGCCUUCGUGGCUUCUUCCAAUCUUCCCAAUCAUGCUCGCUGGCACCAUUGCUGCUGUCAUAGCCGCAGAUCAGCCAGUCGAAAGUCGAUUACCCAUUCUGGUAGCCGGCCUUGGAUGUCAGGGCCUUGGCUUCACGGUGUGUAUACUCAUGUAUGCGCACUACAUCGGUCGAUUGAUGUGCACUGGGUUUCCAAACCCAGAGCAUAGGCCAGCUAUGUAUAUUGGGGUUGGGCCACCAUCCUUUACAGCACUUGCUGUCCUUGGUAUGGCGAACUCACUUCCUCCAGAGCUCAAUUUGCUGCCUCCUGAGUUCACGGUCAGUCCGUUGUUUUCUGUUUCGACCAUUCGAGUUAUGGCCGUCAUAGUCGCAAUCUCACUUUGGAUUCUGGCCUGGUGGUUCUUUGCCAUUGCUACUAUUGGAACUUUGCUGAAGCGUCCGAAACUCUUUCAUCUCGGCUGGUGGGCGAUGGUCUUCCCAAAUUCGGGUUUCACAAUUGCUACCAUCCAAAUUGGCAAUGCACUGAACAAUGAAGGUCUGCGAUAUUUGGGCAAUGCCAUGACUAUCUGCAUUGUCAUCAUGUGGUGCUUUGUUUUUUACAUGAAUGUUAGAGCUGUGGUUGUACGCGACAUUGUCUAUCCUCACAUGGAUGAGGACGUUGAAGACUGA